AUGCUCGUGUCCGGCGGCUGCCAGACCUAUGAUGUCUCGGCCGUGCUGGGCCGCGGCUCCUUCGGAACAAUCUACCUUGGAGAGGAGUUGCCUUCAAGAAGACGUGUGGCUAUGAAGGCCGUUCAUUGCAGGCGCAAAAAUGCGGUGCGAGAGGCCGAAGCUGAAGCUGAGCUGCUCAUGGCUUGGCAUCACCCACACGUGGUGCGCUGCCACGAGUAUUUCUACGAAGGACCGGAAGGUGAUGCAGAUCGCAAGCUGUGGCUGGUGCUCGACCUCAUGGAUGGUGGUGACCUGAACCGCCUCUAUGAGCAGCGGCGGCGUGCGCUGCAAGGCCCUUGGGAGGCGUCCUUCGUUCGCUUUGUGAUAUCUUCUAUUGGCAAUGCGCUGGACUUUGUUCAUGGCAAAGGAGUGCUGCAUCGCGAUGUAAAGUGCGCGAAUGUGCUGCUCUCCGGCAACUUUGAGCGCAUUUGCUUGGCUGACUUUGGGUUGGCAUGCCCUAUCAAUGCAGUUGAGGAUGCACCUCAGGCAGCCCUUGGUACCCCCAGCUAUCUUCCUCCAGAAAUCAUUUGUGGUCGACCGCACAGCCCUGCCGCAGAUGCCUGGUGUUUGGGGGUGGUUGCUUUCAAACUGGCGGCCCUCCGGAAACCCUUCGAAGCGCGUGAUGACCUCACACUCACCAUGAAGAUCGAUACACCAGCGGAUGUGGCAUGCGCCGUGCUGGGACUCUUGCACAAGGACCAGAGCAAGCGCCUGCGACCAGCAGAUGCUUACGAGAUGACGCAUGCCUCUUCGCUGGCCAGGCUCAGCAGGUUGGCGCAAAUGGUAAAGGCACGCACCCAUGGUCUGCACAGGCAUCCAUCAGAGGGUUGGAGGUUUGCUCGCUUGUGA